UAUCUGGCAUACACAAAAACAUUUGUGGCAGAAAAAAUGUCUAUGUCUAAUGACACCAAGUUCCAUCCUUCUUCAUUUCUACUGCUGGGCAUCCCAGGGCUAGAAGAUGUGCACAUCUGGGUUGGAUUUCCUUUUUUGUGUUUGUAUCUUGUUGCCUUCCUAGGGAAUAUUGCUGUCCUGUUUGUGAUCCAAACUGAGCACAGUCUCCAUGAGCCCAUGUACUACUUUCUGGCUAUGUUGGAUUCCAUUGACCUGGGUUUGUCCACAACCACCAUCCCCAAAAUGCUGGGCAUCUUCUGGUUCAGUCUCAGAGAAAUAUCGUUUGGAGGCUGUCUUUCUCAAAUGUUCUUUAUUCACUUCUUUACUGUCAUGGAGAGUAUCGUGUUGGUUGCCAUGGCCUUUGACCGCUACGUUGCCAUUUGCAAACCCCUUCGGUACACCAUGAUCCUCACCAGUAAAACCAUCAGCCUCAUUGCAGGCAUUGCUAUCCUGCGGAGCAUGUACAUGGUUGUUCCACUGGUGUUUCUGCUUCUAAGGCUACCUUUCUGUGGACACCAUAUCAUCCCUCAUACCUAUUGUGAACACAUGGGCAUUGCCCGUCUGGCCUGUGCCAGCAUCAAAGUGAACAUUAUGUUUGGUCUUGGCAACAUUUCUCUCUUAUUAUUGGAUGUACUUCUUAUUAUUUUCUCCUAUGUCAGGAUCCUCUAUGCAGUCUUCUGUCUACCUUCCUGGGAGGCUCGACUAAAAGCUCUCAGCACCUGUGGUUCCCACAUUGGUGUUAUAUUAGCUUUUUUCACACCAGCAUUUUUUUCUUUUUUGACUCACCGUUUUGGCCAUAAUAUUCCCCAAUAUAUCCACAUUUUUUUGGCCAACUUAUAUGUGGUUGUUCCACCAGCCCUCAAUCCUGUAAUCUAUGGAGUUAGAACAAAGCAGAUUCGAGAUAGAGUGCUGAGGAUCUUCCUCAAGACAGAUUUCUAACCAGUUGGAAGUUGGAAGGUCU